UGCAGGGCAAAGGGGGGCAGGGGCAUGGCGGGGACGCAGAAGUAGAGUAGAAACAAAUCAAUAAUUUAGUAACUUUACGUUAACUUGUUGUGCAUGUUUACUAAACUCAAUUCCAUACAUAAUCUACCAGAACCGUUACUUUGUGUACGUGAAAUAACUAAACAUUUGUGUGCCAGUCGAUCAUAAUCAUGAAUAGGGACAAACGGGAACCGGAAUAUCCUGCAGAGUUAGAAUCUCAGUUUAUACUGAGGCUGCCUCCCGAGCCUGCUAAGGUUCUAAGCGAACUCUUGAAAACUGGAGAGAAUCUCAAAAAUCGUUUAACCAUACAAAUUGAGAACGAUAUGCGGCACGGAGAAGUGCGGUUUGACCACUGGCUCAUGCACGCUAAAAUCGUAGAUCUGCCCACCAUUGUAGAGGCACUGAAAACUAUAGACAACAAAAGCUUCUACAAAACUGCAGACAUUGCCCAGAUGAUGAUAUGCAAAGAUGAACCCGAUCAACCUUCCACUGAAGAUGAAUCUCCGUCUAAAAAUAAAAGGAAGGACCCUUACAAAGUUGACAAAAAAUUUCUGUGGCCCCAUGGUAUAACUCCACCAACAAAAAACAUAAGGAAGAGGCGUUUUAGAAAAACUUUAAGGAAGAAGUUUGUGGAAGCACCAGAGAUUGAGAAAGAAGUGAAGAGAUUGUUGCGAGCUGACAAUGAGGCAGUUAGUGUCACAUGGGAGGUCAUAAAUGAAGAAGAUGAUCAAUCACCUAAACCAGAGCCGGGCCCAUCUGUUAGCACCAAGCCUGAAAAGAAGCCAAAGGCUGAGCGGCCAACUAAACGAAGUGAACCAAAAUCUACUGCUCCAAAUCCUGAAUCUACAAAGCUAGUUGAUAUAUUUGGUGGCGCUCUUAGUGACAGUGACUUGGAAGAGGAUAACAUUAAUGUGGAGAUGGAGAACUGUCGCUUGUCUCCUUAUGACAGCCGGAUGUCAGAUACUGGAUCCAUGCAUGGCUUGGCCGACAUGCACAGUAAGGAAUCAGAUCAGUUUGAAGCACAAAUGUUUCCAUUUCCUGAAGCUCCUAAGGCAACUUUCAGUCAUGCUUCUACUUCUGGCAUGCAGCACCACUCUAGCACCAGAGUUUCAACAACACUGUCCGAAGAGGAGGAUGGAGACUAUCAGAGCUUACGUGAUAUGAACAAGGAUAAUAUGAGCUUUAGAAUUGAACAAGUAAAAGCAGAACUAGAUGAACUGAAACAACGCCGACAGCGAACACAGCAUGAGAUUGCUGGCAUGGAAAACCUAGCUCUACGACAAAGAUUCCAAGAUAUUCUUCAUACAUUGAAUCAAGAUAUCAUGUAUAAGGACAUGGAGUACCAAGGCCUAUUAACACUUCAAAAUUCUGAGGUGAUAUAAAUUAACUAUUUUGGAUCUAAGAAUCUUAUUAAUGUAUUGAUGUUGUAUUUUAUCUGCACAUAUGUAUCUACUUAUGUGCAGGUUCAUUAUUAGUGUUUUAUGGGUAAUAGUUGUAAGAAAAGGUACUGAAUGAAAUAUGAAUUAAUUGGAAGCGAACGGAAGUACAGGGAGUCAGCGGAGUGCUAUUUGAAUAAAUUAAACUUGAGAAACGAGAUGUCAAUAAUAUCAUAUAUUAAUAUGCUUUCUCUUUCUCUUCUCAUAUUAUUGUCAAGUUCAAUACUAUUGUUUUGUUUUCAUGUUAUGUUAAGGUAUUUCAUUUAUUUCAGUAUACAUGUUUUUUGAAUGAUAAUGUCAUGAUCAUGACUGUGUAAAGAUCAUCUUUCAUAUUUUGAUCUCACUCAUUCACUCAAUGUAUUAUUGAAUUAUUUUUAACAAAUGACAAUUGAAUUAUUAUGAAACAAUUUAAGAUUAUUGUGUUAGAUGUCUACUUUCUUCAACAUUAUAUUUUUUUAAUAGUAGGUCUUUACAUUAUUAUAUAAUAAUAAUAGUUUUUAAUGCCUGCUAUGAUGCAGGGUAAACAUUAGUAGCUAUUUAAAUUUUAACAUAAGUUGUUGAAACUGUUUUUACCUGUUUUUUUUUCUAAAUUAUAAAUAAUCUACCCCACCCAAUACAACAUUGUGAUAUUUUACUGUUAUUGGGGCAUAUAAUGCACUUUAGACUGGAUGCCGGAAAAUGCAAUGAUUUGAUAACAAUGAUAACUGAUUGAGUAAAAAAACUAAAAAUGUCAUUGUAGUUUAUUAUGUAAUGGCUAAGUAUGUUUUCUACUUCUAAGUCUGUGUUAGGUUAAGCGUUAAAUUUAAUGAAUAGUUUAAGAUACUUCAGCAUUAUGAAACAUUUUAUUUUUAAUUAUAUUUAUUAUAAUACUGCAUUAUUUUACAUUACUUAUACACAUAAUUAUGUAUAACUUAUAUUUACUUAGUAAAAUAAAGAAAUCUUAUCUCAUUUUCU